AUGACGAAGUUCAACUUGUUCAGGCAUCAGACAUCACCCAUGGUCGCUGCCAAGCCAACCGGGGCCAGUGCCUUGACUGUGACCUCAGCGCCCGUCGCAUCAGUCGCUGCCGACAACUCCACCGAAGCCGUCGACAACAAAGACGCCUUCGACGACAUCAAAAACAAGUUCCUGAAUGAAAUCGACAAGAUCCCACUGCCAUCCUGGGCCAUCAUCGCCAUCGCCGUGGUCGCUGCUAUCCUCGUCCUAACGUGCUGCUUCUGCAUCGUCAAGAAAUGCUGUUGCAAGAAGAAGAAGAACAAGAAGGGCAAGAAGGGGAAGGGUGACAUGGGAAUGAAGAACAUGAAAGGCGGAGAGAAACUACAGGACGACGAUGACGAGGAAGAUGACGUGGAGCCCGGGCUGACUGGGGACGAGAAGGAGGAGGAGGUGAAGGAGAAGGAGAAGCUGGGGAAGCUGCAGUACUCCAUCGAUUACGACUUCCAGGAGAACAAGCUGACUGUGGGAAUCCUGCAAGCCGCCGACCUCCUCGCCAUGGACGGCGGCGGCACCUCUGACCCCUACGUCAAGGUCUUCUGCCUCCCUGAUAAGAAGAAGAAGUACGACACAAAGGUCCACAAGAAAACACUCAACCCCGUCUUCAAUGAGAACUUCGUCUUCAAGAUCCCCUUCCAGGAGAUGGGUGGGAAUACUCUGGUCAUGGUCGUCUAUGACUUUGAUCGCUUCUCCAAACAUGACGUCAUCGGAGAGAUUAAAAUACCCUUGAAAAGCCUUGACCUGGCUAAGCCAAUUGAGGUGUGGCGAGACCUGGACAGCGCAGAUCAGGAAGAGCCGGAGAAGCUGGGUGACAUUUGCAUCUCCCUGCGCUACGUCCCCACUGCUGGAAAACUCACCAUCUGUAUUCUGGAGGCUAAGAACCUGAAGAAGAUGGACGUGGGCGGACUGUCAGAUCCCUACGUGAAAAUCAACCUGCUGCAGAACGGAAAGAGGCUGAAGAAGAAGAAGACGACGGUGAAGAAGAACACUUUGAAUCCGUACUACAACGAGUCCUUCAGCUUUGAGAUUCCUAUCGACCAAAUGCAGAAAAUCCAAGCCGUGAUCACCGUGCUGGAUUACGACAAGAUUGGCAAGAACGACGCCAUCGGGAAGAUCUGGGUGGGAAGCAAGUCCACGGGGGCGGGGCUCAAACACUGGUCCGACAUGCUGGCCAACCCGCGGCGUCCGAUCGCCCAGUGGCAUCCGCUGCAGCCGGAGGAAGAGGUGGACGCUUCCCUGGCGGCCCUGAACGCCAAGAAGUAA